UUACUCAUUGUAGACCAGGCUUUAUUUAACCCUAAAUUACGCAGUAAACUUAAGAUGGCGGGUGGUAUGAUCAAUAGGUUCAAUUCGGCUCUUCAAAAACUAGAACAAACAAUCCAGAUACUUUUUGGACAUGGAUUUCCUCCAAGACCAUUAUGCGCAAUCGAUUGCGAUAACUUUUUGAGUGAACCAAAACCGGUUAACCGUCUCGGUAGCAAAUCUUUAAAAGAAAUUUUCGAAAACGGCAUUUUGUGGGCAGUUCCAAAACACCGACGUAGUUUGGAACAAAGAUAUAAAAGAAAAUUUGGGUUAUUAAAAUAUGUGUGGAAGCCAUUGAUUGCAAAAACUAACAUAUUAAUGUGUCUAAAAUGUGGUCAUCAUUAUGAAGCUAAUCGCUUAUGUGGACAUUGUUAUGAAAAAGUAAAACUUGAGACUAAGGAGAUGCAAGAUGCUAUUCAAAAAGAAUUAAAACUAAGCCCAGUAGAAGAGAACGUAAUUGUAUUAUACGAUGGAGAAAAGGAUCAGAAAACAGAUGAGUUCUGGAAGAAUCAAAGAAUAGUAGAAAUGCCAAAAAAAAGACCCUCAUGGUUUCACCAGAACUUACUUGAACCAACAACACAGGAAUCAUCAGAUAAAACGGAUGUCAAACCUACAAAUCUUGCAUGAGGCAUAUUUAAAGUCAGAUUUUAACAAUUUGCAGUAAAAAAUCAGAAUAUAUAUCUGUUGAACUGGGUUGAAAUAAUCAUGAAAAUUACUAGAGUGUUACUUUGUAAGUAGUGUUUUUACAAAUAAAUGCUGAAUAUAUAAAUAUAAAAUGGAAAGUCAAAUCUGUAGUUUUGAAGAAAAUAAAUCAAUAUGCAUUU